AAAGAACUGCUGUCGGAGUAGAUGCAGGGACGACAGGAUCUAUUUUGCUAUUAAACAACCACAUUUUUCAUUAACUUUACCAAAAUGGCUGCUGAAGUAGUCGACGACCAAGCGAUGAGGGAAGCUCAAAGGGACUAUCUAGAUUUUCUUGAUGAUGAUCAAGAUCAAGGCAUCUACCAGAGCAAAGUGCGGGACAUGAUCAGCGAAAACAAGUUUCGCCUUAUCGUGAACAUCAACGACCUCCGGCGGCGUAACGAGGCGCGUGCUGCCAGGCUGAUGAACAACGCCUUCGAGGAGCUCCUUGCCUUCCAGCGUGCGCUGAAGGACCUGGUGGCGUCUGUGGAUGCCACCUACGCCAAGCAGCAUGAGGAGUUCUUCGUGGGCCUCGAGGGCAGUUUCGGCAGCAAGCACGUGACUCCCCGCACCCUCACCUCCCGCCUGCUGGGCAGCAUGGUGUGUGUGGAGGGCAUCCUCACCAAAUGUUCCCUGGUGCGCCCCAAGGUGGUCCGCAGCGUGCACUACUGCCCCACGACCAAGAAGACGAUUGAGCGCAAAUACACCGACAUGACUUCGCUAGAUGCCUUUCCCUCAAGUGCCAUCUACCCUACUAAGGACGAGGAGAACAACCCUCUGGAAACAGAGUUUGGUCUGUCCAUCUAUAAGGACCAUCAGACAGUGACAGUGCAGGAGAUGCCAGAGAAGGCUCCAGCCGGCCAGCUGCCCCGCUCUGUGGACAUCAUCCUGGACAACGACCUGGUGGACAUGGUGAAGCCUGGGGACCGAGUACAGAUCAUCGGUACAUACCGCUGCCUGCCUGGCAAGCACGGUGGCUUCACCUCCGGUACCUUCAGGACCAUCAUGAUUGCGAGCCAGGUGAAGCAGCUAAGCAAAGAGGCCGCUCCAUACUUCUCCGCUGAUGACGUGUUGAAGAUCAAGUCCUUCAGCAAGUCCCGCUCUAAGAAUGUGUUUGAUCAACUGGCUCGCUCGUUGGCGCCCAGUAUCCAUGGGCACGACUACAUCAAGAAAGCCAUUUUGUGCAUGCUGUUGGGUGGGGUGGAGAAGGUUCUGGAAAACGGCUCACGUCUUCGUGGAGACAUCAAUGUCCUGCUCAUCGGUGACCCAUCAGUGGCCAAGUCCCAGCUGCUGCGUUACGUGCUGCACACCGCGCCUCGCGCCAUCCCCACCACGGGCCGAGGCUCAUCCGGCGUCGGGCUCACCGCAGCCGUCACCACCGACCAGGAGACAGGUGAGCGUGUCCUAGAAGCGGGCGCCAUGGUGCUGGCGGACAGGGGAGUGGUCUGCAUCGACGAGUUUGACAAGAUGUCGGACAUGGAUCGCACGGCCAUCCACGAGGUCAUGGAGCAGGGUCGCGUCACGAUCGCUAAGGCAGGCAUCCACGCCAGGCUGAAUGCCCGCUGUAGCGUGCUGGCGGCUGCCAACCCCGUCUACGGCAGGUAUGAUCAGUAUAAGACUCCUAUGGAGAACAUUGGCCUGCAGGACUCUCUGCUCUCCCGAUUCGACCUGCUCUUCAUCAUGCUGGACACGAUGGACGCGGAGCAGGACCGCGUCAUCUCCGAGCACGUGCUGCGCAUGCACCGCUACCGAGACCCCAAAGAACAGGACGGAGGCGUGAUGCCCUUCGGUGGCGCUGUGGACGUGCUGGCCACUGAGGACCCAGACAUAGCUCAGGAGGAGCUGGAGGAAAUGCAGAUCUACGAGAAGCACAACAACCUGCUGCACGGCAAGAGACGCAGGGACCGGAUAGUGAGCAAGGAGUUCAUGAAGAAGUACAUUCACGUUGCCAAGGCGAUCACCCCAGUGCUGACCACCGAGGCAGCCAGUCACAUCGCUGAGGAGUAUUCCAGGCUCCGCAGCCAGGAGCAGAUGGGCUCAGACAUCGCCAGGACGUCCCCAGUGACGGCCCGAUCGCUGGAGACUCUGAUCCGUCUGUCCACGGCUCACGCCAAGUGCCGCAUGAGCAAACUUGUGGAGCUGGAGGACACAGAAGUUGCCGUGGAGCUCGUCCAGUUCGCCUACUUCAAGAAGGUCCUGGAGAAGGAGAAGAAGCGCUCAAGGGCCGAGGGACAUGACACUGCUACUGAGGAUGAGGAGGAGGAGGAUGAAGACGAGGAGGAGACGCCACGGCCACCACGCAAGAGGGGUCGUCGUUCUGAGGAGCGCAGGCCCUCUCAGGGCAGUGAGCCGUAUGACCCCUAUGACUUCACCACAGAGGGACAGGUUCCACAAAUCCAUUCCCCUGCUCCCAGGCCAGCCGAGGAGCCUAUGGAGACGCCACCAGAGAAGGGCCAGACUGAGGUCUCACCAGACAGGCUGAAGGCGUUUAAGGCGGCUCUGCUGGAGGUGUUCCGUGUGACCCACGCCCAGUCCGUGGGCAUGAAUUCCAUGCUGGAGGGCAUCGCUAAGAGCCCCGCGGGGCCCUUCACCCCUGGCGAGGUGCGCGCCAGCCUCUCCCGCAUGCAGGAUGACAACCAGGUCAUGGUCACUGAUGACAUUAUCUUCCUCAUCUAAGACCUAGGAGAUGAUGAUGAUGAGGAGGAGGCGAAGAGCGUCAUGGAGAGGAAAGAGUUUAGCUCCGCAGGCCCCGUUUGGUCUAAUCUGAGUGUGACACCGUUUAACCUAUGCAGAAAGAAAAACUGCCACAUUUUACUUUUUUAGUUUUACUUUUUUAAUCUGUAUUAUAUGUUUGAAGACCUUUUACUUGCUCUGGUGGUUUCCAUUUUAGGUUAAACAGCGUCUGAAUUGAGCUCAGAUUAGUCAUCGUGAAUCCAUAUGGUGUUUCCAUUCCACAACUCAUGUUCUGAUUAGAAAUCUGCUACAGGGAAACAGCAAGGCUGCAUCAUGUAGGAUUCUGGUCUGUUUUUACAUGAUUUCUUUCAAGGAAGGAUGGUUGUCUUGUAAAUAUUUUAUUUUUUAUUUCAUUCUAAUAGUCCUUUUUAAAAAGAAAGAAGCCAAGUGGCUGUGUUUCUGAAAGGACAAAUAAAUAAUAUGUUGUAUUCACUAGGGGUGUGAGGUGUCUUCUUUUCUUCGUGGAAUGCGACUUGUUUAUUCUGAACAUCUAUUUUACAUUAGGUUAUAGCAGCGUUUCUCAAAGUGUGGGGCGCAGAGACGUGACAG